GCAGCAUCGUCCUCCCCAAGGUUUGUCGGAAUUACCGAAUAGCCCCGCGUGCUCUUCUUUCCCCCUUCCGUCCACCGUUGCGUCCUCCUCUCGGGCGUCGGAGCGGACGCGUGAUCUACCCGCCUCUCACCACCGGCCUCCCACACUAGCCCUGCGACCUCGGUUCCUAGUCCACCUCGUCGCCUCAAGAUCGGGGGACAACGGAGGAGUAGAGGGUGAGGGGUGAGGAGAUGCACAGAGACCGGGGCGUAUCCGCGGCGGCUGGGGGCGCCGGCGAGAGGAAGCGGGUGGGCGAGGCGAUGGACAGGUCCUCUCCGUCGACUUCGUGGGGGUUCUCCGGCGGCCGCGAGAGGGACCGGAUCGCCGCCGGGAAGCAGCCAGAGAUGCCUCGUUCCGGCGGCGGAUCCACAGCCAUGUCCAAGAGCAAGUUAUCCGAUGGAGAAUCGGAUACUGACAGUGAAGAAUCAGAUCUGAGUGGUUCUGAUGGAGAAGAUACAUCAUGGAUUUCAUGGUUCUGCAGCUUGCGAGGAAAUGAGUUCUUCUGUGAAGUUGAUGAUGAUUACAUACAAGACGAUUUCAAUCUCUGUGGGCUAAGCGGUCAAGUUCCAUAUUAUGAAUAUGCUCUUGAUCUGAUAUUGGAUGUUGAGUCUUCACAUGGUGAUAUGUUGACAGAAGAGCAAAAUGAACUUAUUGAAUCAGCUGCUGAGAUGCUUUAUGGAUUGAUUCAUGUUCGAUAUAUUCUUACAAGUAAAGGGUUGGCUGCAAUGUUGGAUAAGUACAAGAACUAUGACUUUGGCAGAUGUCCUAGGGUGCACUGCAGUGGUCAACCAUGUCUUCCAGUUGCCCAAUCAGACAUUCCUCGUUCUAGUAACGUGAAAAUUUACUGCCCAAAGUGUGAAGAUCUCUACUACCCGAGAUCCAAAUAUCAAAGCAACAUUGAUGGAGCUUAUUUUGGAACAACAUUUCCUCACUUGUUUCUGAUGACGUACCCACACUUGAAGCCCCAGAAGCCGUCACAGGAUUAUGUCCCCAGAGUUUUUGGCUUCAAAAUUCAUAAGCCAUAGUAAGUUUAAAGACUGAAGGUGCAAAAGAGUCGCAGCGAUCUGAUAUGAUGUGUUGCACAGCACAUCCGGCACAAGUCCUAUCACUUGGUUCGAUUGGAAUUUAGCAUUUCAUUGAAAUCCACCUGACCCCAGGCUGACCUCCCUUCUAUUGUCUCUCUCCCACGCCUGACAUUCUGAUUUGACGCCCCUGGUUUGUUUAGCAUAGGUGCAUCCUGUUCUUUCUAUAUCUUAAAUUUGAGCUUGGCAGUUACUAAAAGAAGGCAUUUUGUAGCCUUGUUGUGUAUUUGUCAUUUUAUUUUAACAUAGGUUCUUUUGUCAAAAUAUGAUGGCAACGGCAAAAAUGUAAAACAUGGGCUCAUGCAAUUCUUAUUCUUUACCUGCUAUUAGGCUUCUAUUGUGGGUUUCUUUUA